UCCUCCGAGGCCCCGCCCCAUCUAUGGGGCAAGGAGAGGAGGGGUUUCCAUGGUGAUCGCAAACAAGGCCCCACACGGAGGGGCCGCUACGGAGUUGCAACCCCUACUGCCACCAUGAUACCCCCAGCCGACUCUCUGCUCAAAUAUGACACCCCGGUGUUGGUGAGCCGGAAUACAGAAAAACGGAGCCCCAAGGCUCGGCCACUGAAAGUCAGCAUCCAGCAGCCCGGACCCUCUGGUACAGGCACACAGCCACCCAAGGCCAAGCUGCCCUCGACUUCCUGUGUCCCAGAUCCUACCAAACAGGCAGAAGAAAUCUUGAAUGCCAUCCUGCCUCCAAGGGAGUGGGUGGAAGACACACAGCUAUGGAUCCAGCAGGUGUCCAGCACACCCAGCACCAGAAUGGAUGUGGUGCAUCUCCAGGAGCAACUGGACCUGAAGCUGCAGCAGAGGCAGGCUAGGGAGACGGGCAUCUGCCCUGUGCGCAGGGAACUCUACUCCCAGUGUUUUGAUGAGUUGAUCCGGGAGGUCACCAUCAAUUGCGCAGAGAGAGGGCUGCUGUUGCUGCGAGUCCGGGACGAGAUCCGCAUGACCAUCGCUGCCUACCAGACUCUGUAUGAGAGCAGUGUGGCAUUUGGCAUGAGGAAGGCACUGCAGGCCGAACAGGGGAAGUCAGACAUGGAGAGGAAAAUUACAGAAUUGGAGACAGAAAAGAGAGACUUGGAGAGGCAAGUGAAUGAACAGAAGGCAAAAUGUGAGGCCACUGAGAAGCGGGAGAACGAGAGGCGACAGGUGGAGGAGAAGAAGCACAAUGAGGAGAUCCAGUUCCUGAAGCGGACCAAUCAGCAACUGAAGGCUCAACUGGAAGGCAUUAUCGCACCGAAGAAGUGAUCAUUUCCACAUGGGUCUCAGCAGGCCCCUUGCCCCAAAAGCCCAUUGUAAUAAAAAGCCAGUUUCCUGAGCGAACAAGCCA